AUGGGAAAUAUCUUGGGCGUCUAUUUGUUUUUGCAUUACUGUUUCAUAGCUACCUUGGCUAUGACUGCCAAAAAUUUAACAACCGAUCAAUCUACUCUUCUUCAAUUCAAAGCACAUAUCACUUCCGAUCCUUACAGUGUACUGGCAUAUAACUGGUCCAUUUCUAAUCCAAUUUGCAGCUGGGUUGGUAUUUCCUGUGGUGCUCGCCAUGAAAGAGUCACAGCCUUGAACCUUUCACUCAUGGAUCUCGGUGGCACCAUCUCUCCACACUUGGGCAAUCUCUCAUUCCUGGUGAAACUUGAUCUUAGUUACAACAAUUUCCACGGCCAUCUGCCAAAUGAACUGGGACAAUUACGCCGACUUAGAAUCUUUUCUGUCGCUAACAAUAGAAUAAGUGGAGGUAUUCCAGGAUUUAUUGGUCUCUUAUCCAAACUCCAAAUCCUGAAACUUCAAUAUAAUAAUUUCUCAGGUACCAUCCCAGAUGUUCUCUUUAAUGUAACUACGCUAGAGGCCUUGUGGGCACGCAACAAUAAUAUCGAAGGAAGCAUUUCACCAGAGAUUGCGAAGCUCACCAGGCUGAAAAUUUUCUUUAUGGGAUAUAACUUGCUCUCGGGCUCCAUACCUUGGAGUAGCAUCUACAACAGUUCGUCGCUGCAAGAGCUUCGUUUAACCGGCAAUUUGUUGUCUUGCAGUCUGCCGGAUGGUCUCUGUAAUCGUCUUCCAAAACUUGAAUGGCUAACUCUAUCUUUGAAUGGAUUUUCUGGCCAGAUUCCAGGAAGUUUAGGCAACUGCAGUGAGGCUAAUGUUUAUUCAGUGUCGUACAAUAAAUUCACUGGGCUCAUACCACGAAAUAUUGGAAAUUCGAGUAAGAUUACAAUUUUGACUCUUGAGGAGAACAACUUAGAAGGUGACAUUCCACAAGGUAUUGGCAAGUUGAAGAAUCUACGUUGGUCUCUUCCCGUCAAGCAUCUUAAACAUUUCUUCUUUGGAGUAUUUUAUCUUGAUAGCAGUGGCCUAUUCGGCAGUCUCCCAGCUGAUAUCUGCAAACACAUUCCAUCACUUGAGAAGAUUAGUCUUGAACGCAAUGCGAUAAGCGGCAAUAUUCCUAAGAAUAUCAAGAAUUGUACUUCUCUCAAUUCGUUAUAUCUCAGGGAUAACGACGUUUCCAUUUUGGCAGGUGAAAUUCCAGAGGAGAUAGGCAAUUUGCAAAAUCUACAAGAACUAUAUCUAGGUUUGAAUAGCUUAAGUGGUGUAAUACCGGCCUCGAUCUUCAAUAUUUCAACCAUAAUAAAUAUUAGUCUAUCUGUGAAUAACCUUUCAGGCUAUCUACCAUCAACCAUUGGCCAGGGGGUUCCCAACUUAAAGCAUCUUUUCAUAGGUUCAAAUGAACUUACUGGAACAAUCCCCACCUCCAUUACCAAUGCUUCCAAGCUCGCUAGGCUAGAUCUCUCCCACAACUUAUUUUCUGUGCCUGUUCCAACUACAUUUGGCAACUUGAAAUUCCUCAAAUGGCUUAACCUUGGGUACAAUAACUUCACCACUGAAUCACCUACAGCAGAAUGGAACUUUCUGUCUUCUUUGACAAAUUGCAGGAAACUAAAGAAUCUAUUCUUGGAAAAUAAUCCACUGUAUGGCGUCAUACCACUUUCAAUCAGCAAUUUAUCUGCAACUCUUGAGAGUUUUGUUGCAAGUAGUUGCAAGAUCAAGGGCAACAUUCCUGAUGAGAUGGGUAACUUGCAUAGCUUGAUAACUUUAGAUCUUUCAGAAAAUGACUUGAACGGAUUUAUUCCAACAACGAUGGGAAAUUUGUGGAAUCUCCAAGCUCUGUGGCUAGAUAAAAAUAAUUUUUUGGGAUUCAUUCCUCAUGAGCUUUGCCAAUUACACAUGUUAAAUUCUUUGCUAUUGAAUGAUAAUAUGCUUUCUGGACCAAUACCAACAUGCAUGGCGAAUUUGACUUCUCUGAGAGAACUGCAGUUAGGCUCAAACAAAUUAAAUUCUAGUAUACCCCCAUCCUUAUGGACUCUUCAGUAUAUCUUGCAAGUAAACUUGUCAUCGAAUUCAUUAAGUGGUUUUUUAUCUCCAAGUAUACAGAGUUUGAAGGUCUUGAGAGGUCUAGAUUUGUCAAAAAAUCUCUUGUCAGGGAAUAUUCCCACCACCCUUGGGGACCUUCAAUCUCUUGAAACUCUAUCUUUGGCGGACAAUAGAUUUGAAGGUGUCAUCCCCAACACAUUUGGGGCAUUGAUAAGCUUGUUAUUUUUGGAUCUCUCUAACAAUAGUCUUUCAGGAGAAAUUCCUAAAUCAUUAGAGGCUCUCACCUAUCUCAAGAAAUUCAAUGUCUUUGUAAAUAAUUUACAAGGGCAAAUUCCUAAUAAAGGUCCUUUCAAAACAUUUUCUGCUCAAUCCUUUUUGUUAAAUCACGCAUUGUGUGGUUUGCCAAGGCAAGGGGUUCCUCUUUGCAAUGUUAACACCAUCAAACGACCAAAAACACUGGUAAUGAAAUACAUUUUGUCUUCAGUCCUACCAGUUUUAAUGGUAGUAAUUGUAACAUUUGUCUUCGUAAGGUGUUAUUAUGGGAAAAAACAUUUUUCAGUUGAUCAAGUCGAUUCAUUACCUUUAGCAACAUGGAGAAGAACAUCAUAUCUAGAAAUUCAACAAGCCACUGAUGAUUUUAGUGAGUGCAACUUGCUUGGUAUUGGUAGCUUUGGUUCAGUAUUCAAAGGGACACUUUCAGAUGGAACUAUUGUUGCAAUAAAGGUUUUUACUUUGCAAGUAGAGAGAGUACUUAGAAGCUUUGAUUCUGAAUGUGAAGUAUUGCGCAACAUUCGUCAUCGAAAUCUCAUAAAAGUCUUUAGUAGCUGUUGUAACAUCGAUUUUAAGGCCUUGAUACUCGAAUUCAUGCCCAAUGGUAGUCUUGAGAAGUGGUUGUAUUCUCACGACUAUUUCCUAGAUAUGCUACAAAGGCUGAACAUAAUGAUAGAUGUUGCAUCGGCUCUUGAAUAUCUCCAUCAUGAUUAUUCAACACCAGUCAUCCAUUGUGAUUUGAAGCCUCAGAAUAUCUUAUUAGAUGAAGAUAUGACUGCUCAUGUGAGUGAUUUCGACAUUGCCAAGCUCUUAGAUGAAGGAGAUUCGAAGACACAAACCUUUACACUAGCUACUAUGGGGUAUAUGGCACCAGAGUAUGGAUCAACGGGGAUUGUGUCCACAAGAGGAGAUGUCUACAGUUUUGGGAUUUUGUUGUUGGAAACUUUCACAAGAAAAAAGCCCACAGAUGAGAUGUUUGCUGGAGAAAUAAGCUUAAAGAACUUGGUGGAGGCAUCACUGCCUGAUGUAAUUACUGAAGUUGUGGAUGCUAAUUUGUUAAGAGAAGAUAAUGGUUUUGCAGCGAAAGUGAAUUGCUUGUCAAGCAUCAUGAAUUUGGCUUUAAAGUGUUCCAUGGAAUCACCUGAACAGAGGAUCAAUAUGAAAGAUGCCUUAGCAAAACUCAAGAAGAUCAAAUUGCAGUUUCAGCAAGAUGUAGGAGGCACCUAAAUAAAUGGUGUUGUGAUGUAUGUUAUUUAUGCUCUUAGUUUCUUGUUUAUGAUCUUUCUAGUUAUGAUUAUCUAUCUAGUUAAA